AGCUCGGUUUCUGCGUUAGUUCUACGAGUUCUCUGAAGAGUCGAUAAUCAAUGGAGAAAAUAACUGAGAAACUUUUACUGGAGAAAUGCUCUCCAAAAACCAACAAACUGGAGCAAAUCAAGACACUGAAUCUAUCUAGACUGGGACUGAAGCUCCAGGAUCUGCCAGUCAGGCUGCUCUCCCGGCUCCGGUCCUUGGAGCGGUGGGAUCUGUCUGGGAACAGACUGCAGGAGUUGCCCAAAAACCUGGAGCUGCCUGCGCUUCGCUACCUGGACCUCAGCGACAACCAGAUGGAGGAUGUUACAACUCUGGAGUCUCUGAGCUGUCUGGAAGAGCUCAAGAUGGAGGACAACCUUUAUAUCACUGUGAGUGAUAAUUACAAGUUGAUGGUGUUGUUGCCCAACCUGAGGAUUUACAACGGUAAAGACAUCACUACUACUGCCAACCACCUGCGCUACGUCUACAGCGAGAACCUGAGGACCAGGAUAAUCGCAGUUUGGGAGAAGAGCUUCUGUCUCCCGGAUCCCAUCACGGCAGAGAAAAUGUCCACCUUGGAGACAGAUUUUGUCAACACUGCCCGUCAGCAGGUUAAAUUUGGACCCAGCUCGGUCAGUGACUUCACUAAAUGGAGGGUGGAGAUUAUAGCCAAGGAUUAUUUGUGCUCUCUGACGGAUCCAAAGGAAGAACCGGAGAGCACGGAGUCCGCUGACACCAAAGAGAACUGCGAGGCCUCCAGGUCUACCAAGAGGAAACAAACUGCAUCAGAAAUGGACAGCAUAAGCCUGACGCCUCGCAAAAAGCUGCGCGCAGAUCUCCCAGCAUCCCCGGCCGAAGACAGUCCCCGGAAACCCAGCCUCCGCCUCAAACCUCAGACGCCAACCCAGACCAACACCGUCAGGAUGAGCCCCCGCAAGGCAGGCCCACCACCCUCCGCCCCCGCCAGAGGACAGGCGAGGGCAGAGACACCCAGGGGAGGCUCGAAAGUGCGACAAAGCAAAGAGGAUGGAGCUGUGACAAAGAGCUGCACCAAGACACAGGCGAUGCGUCUGAAGCCUCUCCACAUCCUCCAGUGCCACAGUAAACAGGACAGCUCGGAGGACUUCUCCACCCAGCUGUGGGCCUGUGCUUUCCAGCCGCUGCCAGAUUCCACUGGUGCUGGUGGAGGAAGCCGGUUGGUUGCCACCUGUGGGGGAGACUCUCUCUGUGUGAUUGACUGUGAAACUGGGAUGGUGAUGAAGAAGUACAAAGUUCCCGGAGAGGAGUUCUUCUCCCUGGCCUGGUCCACAGUGUUGAUGUCCAGAGGAGGAAAGGCCUCGGCUCAGCACUGCAGCAUCCUGGCGGCCGGCGGGAAGAGAGGACUGGUCAAACUGAUCCACCCCAGAAACAACGUGGCCUACGGAGAGUUCAGAGCGAGCCGCAAGUCGCUGUCUGUCCUCCGCUUCAACCACCAACAGGGAAACUUCCUCUUCACGGGAUCAUACGAUAAUAAGAUCGUGAUGUGGGACAUCGGUGGAGUCGACAGCCAGUACAACUUCAAAGUUGUUCAGCUGCUGGCGUUGGAGCUCGGCGCCACCCCUCUGCACAUCUGCCUCCCUCCCAGCGCCCCCAGUGCACACCUUCUGACCGCCUGUGAGGACGGCCUGCACUGCUACAACACGCAGCUCGGCACCAGCGCCGCCGCAAAGAGUAGGUCGAAGGAAAUGGAAAUAACUUUCCCCAUCUAUAAGAAGGAAGACAAAGACCAUGACUACCACACCAUCGAUGGCCUGAGUUUCCUUACAGAUGACAUUGUGGCCUCCAAGAACUACUUGCACGGUUCCAUUUACUUGUGGAGCUGGAGCAGGACCAAAGCUCAGCGGCCCGACAAGAAGAGCAGAGCGGUGUGCGCUGUGGUUCUGGCUGAGCUGCAGUGGACCAACACUGAGAUUCCCUACCUGGCUCUCAACACCUGUCCUGGCCAAGCCUACAUAGUGUGUGGCGAUGACAGAGGCAGGCUAUGGACGUACCACGUCACCGACCUGCAGAAGAACACGUUUCAGAGCGGGAAGCCCAUACAGCCCACUGAGGUGUUGGAGUGGCCGACCCCGGAGAGGAAGGGCCUCGGUCGGGUGGAGGGACCCUCCAUCAACAGUGUGGCGAUGGACCCGGAGCUCCGCUACCUGGUGGCUCUUAGUGACAAAAACAUGGUGAUAGUGUGGAGGAGAGAAGAUUCUUCGUGAGCAUCACGGGCAGCGUGACGUGACUCGUGAAUGGAAGUCGUACUGGUCUCUGUACUGGGAGAGAAAAACUGAUUACCUUUUACCAAAUGUUGGUAUUUGUGAGGUAAGAGAUCAGGUGAGGUCUUGAAAGAUGACCUCAUUUUACAUGUGAGAGUAAACCUUCAUACAGGUUGUGUCUCAGCCAGUGGAGACAGACUGCAGAGAUCCUGCCGGCGUUAAGCUUGACUGAAGCAGCGCAACAAGAGUAUUCUUCUCUUUUACAUGAUAAUUUACGGCAGAAAAUGGAAUUUUGCAGAAUUUUAUACUGAUAUACUUGACGUUGCUUCUGUUGGGAAUGUGAAGAGAGCUGACAUGGUGCCAGUCUCACCAAUGAAAGGUUAAUUAUUCAAUGUGAUGACAUAAUCAGACCAUAACAGCUCUCUUUGAGUCGACACAGUUACAGUAAUGCUGUAGUUUUCCUCAGGUAGUUCUUUUUAUCUCGUUUUAUUUUCUCUUUACUUAUUUAUAAUGCCACCUGUAUUGUAAUAAAUCAGACUUUUUUCAGUUUGACUACAUUACAAAGCCUCCGGCAGAAGCAAAACAUGUAUCUUAAUCUUAAUUAUAUUUCAUUCACACCUGAUUAUAUCCAACGUUACAUGUUUAUUGGAGCAUCUAAAAGAAAAGGUCAUGUGAUAUAUUUACCGAAGUUAAUAUGUGUAACUUAUUCAAUCCAUAGUUUUCAGUCACAUUCCAUUGGACAGUCAAUAUAAUUAGCUUUAUUUUCUGUUGGUUUUCUUUUUGAUUGUUGAAAAUGUUAUUUCAUGUCAUGAACUUAAGUGUUUUUACCUCAUGUAGCUGUGAGUAUUAGAACAGACUUCAUAUUGUAAAACAACCAUCUGCUGGCGACUUCUGAGUCAAACACCUCUGGAGCUCUUUUAAAUGAUUUGUAGGCUGAAGCCAGUUACUAUGACUUUAAUUUUUCAUUCCUAGAAUACUUUUUGAAAGCCAACCCUGAGCGGCAGGCAUGCAGGUACAGAUGUUUGAUGAUAUCGGCUUCAAAACAACUGGAGUGAAGCGUUAAAAAGGCUGAUUUUCCCUUCAGACAUUUAGUCGAGACCGGGCUGAGAAACUGAACGACCACGUCCGUGUCGCUAUCUAGUUUUGCACUAGAUGCUUCACAAGCCAUUCAUAUCUCAUAAUGAAUAGAAAAUGAUGAUUAUCAAAACUAAAUGUAGGCUGUGGCUCACAUAUCAAGUCCAGCUCAAAAUCUGAUUCCUGCUCAGUGUUAAGUUUUAAAUUAGGAGCUGAUCAUCAGCUUGAAAGUCAAUGAAACACUUUUAUA